AUGUCAUCAGCUCAGAUUCCAUCUCGAGAUGGUCCGGCGGAAGAUCUUUCGGUACCACAGACACAGUCCGUCGAUGUUUCACUCAACUCUUCCUGUCAAGCUUCUUCCCCGUCACAAGAUACAAGCCGAGCUCCCAGCCGCGGGCAAUCUCCCGAGCCCGGACAGGAGCCGAGAGAAGCGGCUCCCCUAUACAGUCUGGUAGCCAACUCGGAGUCAAGGUCAACUCAAGACACUACGCCAGCCUCGAAGGACACAUGCGCCAAGCCGAAACCCAUCGAUGAAUGGACUACCCGGCUCUUCCCAGCUGGCGAAUAUCACUGGACACUAGAACUGUGGGCAAUCGCUCUCAGUAUCGUAUCAUUUGCCGCAAUCCUUAUCCUUCUUCCCCUCUACGAAGACAAGCCUUUGUCAUCCUGGACCUUUUCAAUAUCGCUCAAUACUGUCAUAUCCACUCUCGGAGCAACGUCCCGAGCUUCAUUAGGCUUCGCUAUUAGUGCUUGUAUCAGCCAGGGAAAGUGGAACUGGUACCGAAAAAGGGAUGACCAUGUGAUGGUCUUUGACCGGUUCGAAGAAGCCAGCCGCGGGCCCUGGGGAAGUGUUCGCUUGUUGUGGUGGACCAGACUCAGACAUUGGAUCGCUAUUGGAGCCCUCUCGGCAGUCAUAUUAGUAGGUUACGAGCCAUUCCUGCAAGCUGUCAUCAGCUUCUCGGGAGAAGAAAUCAGCUAUGCAACUCCAUCAGUGACAAGCGCGAUCGGAAAAGCUGAAAGGCUGGACGCAGGUGUCUUUGCGGCAUUUGACCGAUGGACUCCGAAAGACUAUAAAAUGCCAGAGCCUUGGGGUAACUUCAGUAUGACUUCUAUGAGAUCUGAGAACGACUUUGGUGCAAUGGCAGCGGUACUGGGAGGCUUCUCUGAACUCAGCUCAACCGAGAGUACAAAACCCGACUUCGAGUGUUCAACUGGCAAUUGUACCUGGGACCCCUUCGCAUCGCUCGCGGUGUGUAGUACUUGCAAAGACAUCUCAUCUGCGAUGGAGAAGUCCAACGGACGAGCAACGAUAAACGACGAACUUAUCACCCUGCCAGACCGCCUGGAAUUCCCCGACAAGAAACUCCGCACAUACACCAGGCUCGAGAUUCCAACCUUGGAUCUGAGUAUAUCAAAUUUCAAUGGGAUCAAAGCCGAUGGGAAUGAAAUUGACAUUGGAUUCGGAAACGCCGAAGUUACUGCGCGGUCGAAUUACAACCCUGGGCGGACAUUGUCGUUUGGACAUUUAGAGUCUAUGAUCUUUUCCGUCGCUGUCAUGUCAGCCAGUCAGGACUAUCGCAAGCGGAAGCAAGCUUGGGAAGACACGGAUAUCACCGCCACAGAAUGCGCCCUGCAUUUCUGCACCAAUGUCUACCAGUCCGUCGUUGAACAAAACGUGCUCAAGGAGAAGGUUCUCAGUUCCCGCUCUACAAGAAACCCGGACUCUUUCUUAUCAAACUGGUUAACGAACAACUUGGCUGCGACGAAAUAUUUCAACACAUUUAUCAACCAUUCACUCUACAUCGGCUUCUCUGAUGCACCCCGUUCAGAUCUACAACUUGUGAUUUCCCGGGAGGAAUACUACGCCGACACUGGCUUGAUAAUAGACGACGAUUUACGGUUCAACAUCUCAAACAACACCGUUGGAAGCCUCAUAGACUGGCUGGCAGUGAGAUUAUCGGGUCAUAGCGACUCCGCAUCUUUGGACAAGCCCGGAAUGCCAACGCUGCUCAAAUACCCCUUACCUCUUUGCAUGCGCACCAGCAACACGCCAACCGAGAUCAUCAGUAGCCUGGCAGCUUCGCAGAACAUCUCAAGAACAUUCGAAAUGGUCGCUGCCAGCCUGACGAAAUGGAUCCGAAACCGUUCUCUCGAAAGUAGCCCACAUCACGGAAUAACAAAGCAAUGGGUGAUCAAGAUCAGGGUGAACUGGGCAUUCUUGUCACUGCCCAUGGGCUCCUUAUUAGGAGGUUGCAUCUUCUGCCUGCUUUCGAUACGGGAGACGCGAAAACUGAGCCUUCCAGCUUGGAGGGGGAGCUCGCUGGCGACGCUAGCCCACGGCCUCGAUGUGGAGUCUAGGGCAUUCUUGAGGGAGGCAAGCGACAGCUCUCGUAUCGCUGCCCAGGCUCGAACUCUGGAGGUCAAGUUUGUCGACUCUGAAGGCGGACCGGAGCUGGUUCGUGGAGCCAAGACUAGCAGGCCUGCUCAUGAUUCUGCUUGA